UGCUUUCCAACAUUGCCUGUGCGCAGGGACCGCUCUCUCUCGCUCUCUCUCUCUCUCUCACACGCACACAAGCCUUUUAUCGAGCGGGUCAUCUACAACACUUUUCCGGCGACUUCGGCCGGGAAAACGACCGGAGACUAGUCCGGUUGAACUCCCGUUGAGCGGCUGGAGUAAUCUUGAAUCAAGGGUAAAAGUUUUUUCGGCUUGCGUUUUUGGACCGUUGGAAAAAAAAAAAAGAGAAAAAAAGAAAGAAAAAAAAGGCUAGUAACCAGAGGAUAAGAAAAGAGAGGGCGUUUAUGGUGAGACGGCGUCGUUUGGUGAAUAGGAAGGUAGGACGGUGGCGUUUGAUGGUGUGAUUGAUCGUGGGGGUUGGAGAAGAGUAGAUGGGGAGGGUGGUGGUGGGAGUGGCGGUGGGCGUGGCGGUAGCGGCGUGUGCGGUGGCGGCGGUGGUGGUGGGACGGAGAGUGAGGAGUAAGAGGAAGUGGAGGAGAGUAGUUGGGGUGUUGAGAGAGCUUGAAGACAAUUGCGAGACUACGUUUGGAAGGUUGAGGCAGGUAGUGGAUGCGAUGGCGGUGGAGAUGCACGCUGGGCUGGCCUCCGAAGGUGGUUCCAAGCUCAAAAUGUUGCUCACCUUCGUCGAUACUCUCCCCAAUGGGAGUGAAAAGGGAACUUAUUAUGCACUAGAUCUUGGGGGUACUAAUUUUAGGGUCUUGCGGGUCCAGCUAGGAGGUGGAAGGUCUUCCAUACUGGAUAAUGAUGUGAAACGACAACCCAUUCCUCAACAUUUGAUGACCAGCACAAGUGAGGAUCUCUUUGAUUUCAUUGCUUCGUCAUUGAAGGAAUUUGUUGAUCAAGAAGGUGAUGCUGAGAGUUCAGUGGAUAGAAGAAGGGAACUUGGAUUUACGUUCUCUUUUCCAGUGAAACAAAUUUCAGUAUCAUCAGGCACUUUAAUCAAAUGGACAAAGGGAUUUGCUAUUAGAGACAUGGUUGGGAUGGAGGUUUCAGGAUGUCUAGAGCAAGCAAUGACCAGAAAGGGCCUGAAUAUGAAGGUGGCAGCGUUGGUUAAUGACUCUGUUGGAACGUUAGCUCUUGGGCAUUAUCAUGAUGCAGACACUGUUGCUGCAGUGAUAAUUGGAACAGGCACAAAUGCCUGUUAUAUGGAGCGGACAGAUGCUAUCAUAAAGUGUCAAGGGCUUCUUACAACUUCCGGAGGCAUGGUUGUCAACAUGGAAUGGGGAAACUUUUGGUCAGCUCAUUUACCAAGAACCACAUAUGACAUUGAUUUAGAUGCUGAUAGCCCUAAUCCAAACUAUCAGGGUUUUGAGAAAAUGAUAUCAGGAAUGUAUCUGGGUGACAUUGUAAGGAGAGUGAUUCUCAGAAUGUCAGAAGAGGCAGAUAUUUUUGGACCUGUUUCUUCCAAGUUGUCAAUGCCCUUUAUUUUGAGGACGCCAUUGAUGGCUGCAAUGCAUGAGGACGACUCUCCUGAGUUGACAGAAGUUGGAAGAAUUUUAAGUGACAUCCUGGAGAUUCCUCAUGCUCCUUUAAAGGUCCGAAAGCUUGUGGUUAAGGUAUGUGAUGUGGUUACCCGCAGGGCUGCUCGGUUGGCAGCUGCUGGUAUAGCAGGAAUCUUAAAGAAGAUUGGGCGGGAUGGGAGUGGUGGCAAAACACCUGGGAGAAGUAGAAGCGAUAAUAGAAUUAGAAGAACAGUUGUUGCCGUUGAAGGGGGUUUGUAUACAAGCUAUACAAUGUUUAGGGAGUACUUGCAUGAAGCCUUGAAUGAAAUUUUAGGGGAAGAAGUUUCCCAACAUGUUUUUCUCAAGGUUACAGAAGAUGGAUCCGGCAUCGGAGCAGCUCUCCUUGCUGCUUCACAAUCAUCCAACAUCCAACAGUGUGGAUAGAGUACAGUCGCUAUAAAUAUAUAUAUAUUCUAUAUAUACAUAUAGCCCCUGUAAAUGUAGAAAUCAUUUUCCAUAAUCAAUAUCUCUUUGUAUAAAGAAACAACGUUUGUCUGUCCAUAUAUAUAUAUUUUUUUCCUCCAA